AUGAAGGCGUUAGGAUGGUGGCUGAUGCUGGUUGGUUCUCUUCGAUUAGCCUCCGUAUGGUUCGGUUUCUUCGACAUUUGGGCCCUUAGACUCGCUGUCUUCUCCAGUACCACAAUGACUGAAGUUCAUGGGAGGACUUUUGGAGUUUGGACACUUCUGACUUGCACUCUUUGCUUUCUUUGUGCAUUCAACCUUGAUAACAAGCCACUUUAUCUGGCUACCUUUCUAUCUUUUGUUUAUGCUUUUGGUCACUUCCUGACUGAAUAUCUAAUAUAUCAAACUAUGGCCAUUGGAAAUUUGACAACGGUGGGCAUUUUUGCAGGUACCUCAAUAGUUUGGAUGCUCAUUCAGUGGAAUGCACAUCAAAAGAGCCACACCAAGCAUUCUUGA